CUUCUGCCCAGGGCCAUAGGAGUCGUCCAGGGCCCAGAUGGCUGGGGUGGUGGGCACUCAGAGCCCUGCCUGGCACCUUGCCCACUGCGUGCCACCGCCCGUUCCCCUUCCGCACAGAGCUCCAGCAGUUGCUGCGCCUGAGCUGAAAUGACGCAAAGACCAAGGGGCCAGGAGACUCCCCUGCUGCCCUUUCUCCUCCUCCUCCCCCCAAGUGGGGGGGGGUGCUUGCUUUUGUCCCUCUGCCUGGCAGGCCGGCUGUGUUUCUCUGCGCUUCGAGUUUCCCUGGGCACAGGCUCCACCUCUCCGCCUCCUGCCCUUCCAGAUCACACCGCGAGCACCUUCCCGUCCUGGCUCUGCGCUCCUUCCUGGGCAGACACGGAGAGCCGACACGGGUCAUGGCCACAGUUUUCGCCCCCAAGGCUAGCCAGAUUCUCAUGACCCCGGAGCCGCACUACAUCCCCGGCUAUGGCGGGUACUGCCCCCGUUACAAGUUCAUGCUGGGCCAGACUUAUGGGAAACUGACCUCGCAGCUGCUCACUAGCCCCGAGGCGGAUCACUCUGGCCGGCUGCUCCUGCAGCCCAACUGCUCCCCCAGAGACACAGAGGCGCCUCCGGAGCAGAACGAGAGCGGAGGAAAGCUCCCCCUGCUUGGCCGCAGGACCAUCCCAGGUUACACAGGAUUCAUCCCUCGGUCCCAAAACCACUUUGCCAAGACCUACAGCGAGAUCUGCAAGGAGGCCAGCAGCGAAUUUGCCCGGCAGCUGCUGAGGGGAGCUGGGCAGCGGGAGGCCUGGAUGGCGGCCGGAGGGGAGUCUCCAAAGGACACCAAGCCGGAGUCUCACAGCCUCACCCCCAAGUGCAAGACCCCCCUGGCCGCCGUGUCAAAAGCUGCUGCCCCAUAUGUGUCUCGCUACGCCUUCCGGCCCCAGGGAUCGCCCUACUCUCUGGAAGACAGCAACCCACAGAGGCACUUCAUCUCAGGCUUCACUGGAUUCAUCCCUCGCGCCCAGUAUCUGAUUGGGGCAAGCUACCCUGUCAUCACCCACCGGGCUCUGGCAGAGUUUGACCGGAUGCGAUGGAGGCAGAGGCAAGGGCCUUCUGGAAGCAGCUGCGAUGCCCAGAAAGGUGGCAAUGCCCUCCCUCCGCUGACAAAGACCUACCCCACAGACAUGGGCCUCCUGCCCCACUACAGGGGCUACGUUCCAGGUUACAAGUUCCAGUUUGGCCACACCUACGGCCAGCUCACCUUUGAUGCCCUGGGCCAGAGCACCCUGGAGAAGCAGGUGCUGGAUGGGCAGCCAUGAUGCCCCGCCCUCUCUGGGACCCCCCCCAGGAGCCACUUCUGCCCCCUUGCUUUGUGUGUGUGGUGUAAGGAAGGGAAACCGACAGCCAGGAUGGAAGAGGACCCCCUUCAACUCCCCCUUUUCCUCUGACAAAGGGUCCCUGGUGGGACUUUUUUUGGGUGGGGGGGAUGAAAGGAUGCCAGUGGACGGGCAGCUCCCUAUUCUGGACUGGGGUGUGUGUGUGGACCCGACAGCCUUCUGGUUCCCCCAGCUCUUUGAAUCUUUGGGGUCUGUUUCUCAGGACGGUCCCAGUUGUUCCAGAGGGUUCAGUCAGGUUCUGGGAAGCCCAGAAACACCCUUUGGCAGUGGCGUAGCGUGGGGGGUGCAGGGGGGGGGCGGCCGCACCGGGCGCAACAUCUGGGGUUAGGGCAA